CUUGCAUGAUGGCUUUCUAUAAAUCUGGGCAGGCGCUCGAAGAUGUCGCGAGUUGCAUGAACAAACAUAUAAGGCAGUAUCGGGAAGUAUGGCAUCUUUCAAAAUCGGUGUCAGCCUAUCACUCCAAGGAACGACAGACAGAGAAUGGUCGUUGCAAAUGAUACAGGCGAUGCAGCUGCGGCUUGCUCAGCUUCUCCAGCCAAAUGCGACAUAUCCCGUACAUCCUGCUUUGCGGGCACCUGGGGCAGUCGAGAUAAUAGUCGACGAUUGCUCGAUGGACGGCGGCACGGUUCAUUUGGGAAGCGCCAUAGCAUCCGCGAUUCGUUUGCACAAGUGGAAAUACGCCAAUGCACUGAUCGGUGUGGGAUACUCGGAUUCGACAAUCGGAACAGCGUCAGUGGGAUCCACUUUGGGGAUUGGUGUGUGUGACGGAGGCUCAACGUCUCCAGCGUUAAGUUCGAAAGAGCCGUCCUCGACGUUCUUCAGAACCAUUCCCAAUGAUAAUGUAGCUGCGGAAGCCAUUGUAGCAGCUGUGGCCGCUCAAGGAUGGAAACGUUUCGUGACCAUUUCUUCGACGGAUUUCUACGGAAAUGGUCUGUUGGAAGCGACAAGAGAAUCUGCGAAUACCGCCGGAUUAGAAGCAAUGGCCGCCAUCUCGUUUCUGCCGGGCACCACAGAUUUCACCUUGAUCGUCGACGAGUUGAUAUACUCCGGCGGCAACGUGGUCGUAUUCCUCAGUCUGCAUGGAGAUCUUAUCAGCUUUCUCCGGGAACUCCACCGCCGGGGAUUGAUUGAAGAUGGUCUUCAGGUCAUCACUUCAGACGAUGCCGUGUAUGCAAACCGUUCGGGCAUUUCAUUGGAGGAUCUUAGGUUGUGGCAUGGACUGUGGGCUGCCUACCCGGAGGAAGGGGUGGGCGCCGAAUGGGCAAGCUACAAGAAGGCAUGGGAACUCAGAUAUAAUCACACAGAUCCAACGGUGUAUAGCGGUUUCUAUUCGUCUUGCAUCGAAGGCUUCGUCUGGGGCGCCAGCCGGAAACUUAGUAACGGAAUGCCUUUCGAGACAUUAGCGGACAGUAACACGAGGUGGAAAAUACCGGAGGAUUUGCCCUUUGCCACGAGGUCAGGAGUGACGGGCAAUCUCGCCUUCGACCCGCACGGCGACCGGGUUGUCCCGUACCGCAUGUAUUACUUCGACGCUUAUAGUGGGCCCUUGGGCAGUUUCAAAUCCUUUGCUGAAUGGAAACCAUCGCCAGCCAUCAAUUAUACCACCGAAGCAGUCACUCUCGAUAACAGCUCAUUCAAUACGACUAACCCAGCUCUGUACUUUUCUGGAACCUGGACGAGGCCAGCUACUGAGAUUGCGGCGGUUUAUCGCACCGUUGAAUGGUCAUCCGCUCUGGGUAUUUUCUGCAUCAUCCUCAGCUCCCUUAUGGUGCUGUUGAUUGGUUCCCUCGCAACGUUGGUUUAUCGGCAUCGAAGUGGGGAGGUACUGAAGCCGGCCAGUCCGAUCUUCCUUCUCACUAUCCUCGUUGGAGUUCUUGGCACUGCCUUGUACCCGCUGACGCUUAUCGGUGAACCUUCGACCUUAGCAUGUGGCUGGAGCCUUUGGAUCAUGAUGUCCACGAUUGGGCUCGUCUUUGGCAGCCUGAUAGCGAAGAUGUUCCGCGUCAUCAAGAUUUUCCGAUUUCCGGGGAAGAUGGAUCCAGGGAAGAUCGGGGACAUUCGGCUUGUUUUUGGAUUAGCAGGUUGCAUUUGUAUAUAUUGGGUGAUCGGGCUGGUGUGGACCGCAGCUGACCCUCUGAAACCGGUUUGGGAGGAGGCGCCGCAAACGGGUCGAACAACAGAAAUGAACGUUAUUUGCAGGUCCACCUCCGUGACGUUCGGGUGGGUAAUGCGAGCAAUUUCGUGGCUCUACACCGCGGUUAUCAUCGUCCACGCUGUAGCUCUUACCUGGCUAUGCAGAGAUAUUCCUUCGGAUUACAGUGACAGCAAGCGUGUGGGCUGGCUUUUGUCACUGUACAUCACAACGGCAGUUCUGAUCCUGCCACCUCUGCUGGCUCUACGAUUGGAGACGUACAGUUUCGUCCUGUUCCAAGUCGUCCCAAGUUACUUCGUUGGUUUUGCUACCUUGAUCAUCUUGUUCGGCGGGAGGAUCUACCGUGUCUUCCACGAAAGAGAAUUAGGCGCUCGCGAACUGUUCCGCAGUAACUUCGGCAUUAGAAGCAAAUCCAAGAAAGGGCUAUCCGCGGCUAUGGGAAUGGAGGACGCUGUUAAAACAGCGACAAAGCGCGGGGAAGUGUUUUUGGCAGAGAAACGCUUAUUCUUCACACUAUGGACGCAGAAAACGAUGUAUUGUUUCGCUGACAAGGGGCUUCUCUUACUUAUUGGGUAUCCUCCAAAUCCCCCGGCAAUAGGUUUGAAGUCCCACGCGUUAAGAGUGAGCGUAAACAUACAAAGCGACGCCUACGCACUGCGGCUCAUAAAUAUCAAAGAGAAAAGAUACGGCAUUACUAUUCGCGUACUUUCGAAUGAAGAGUUGCGAGAGUGGGCAAGAGUCCUCACUCCCCUAUGCGUCCCGCCGACGCGUGUACCAAGAACUAUUACCGAGAGUCGGUCCAACAAUGGACUUUACCAUUCACCACCCGCAACGGCUCAGUCGUCCAAUGAUGAAAACCCCACCCCCCUGCUAGAUCCCUUCAUAACCUGUAUCGUUGUUCAAUUUGACAUUGUCAACCUCUGUAUAUUUGGUUUCCGCUUCACUUACAUUCGCUCUCCAUCUUCAAAAUACCUUAUGCACAUUCUGGUCUACGAGCCGGAGCCGAAGGUUGUCUCACCUUUCGCAAAUGGCUGGUUGAGUCUGAGGCUCUUGAGCGGAGCAACGCGUGAAAAGAAGAACGCGCGUCUGGCUUACCAGAUCAUUACCAGAUCCGUCGAAGUGGCCGAACACAGACGUCCAAACACCCCCUUCGUAGUCCGUCUUCCCUGCAUCCGCACAAAGCAAAGCGUGCAACCUCGAGGGAUGACGGUUCCAGACACCAUCGGCAAGAGAAUCUUCCUGAAUCCGAACUGCGGAACAGUGCGCUUUCACGGAGUCUUGCCUGGUUCUGAGCAGAGGUGGUAUGGCAUCGAAUGGGAUGACGCGACAAGAGGAAAACACUCCGGUACCCACAACGGCCUACAGUACUUCACGACGCGGGAUGCGGGAAGCGGCUCCUUCAUUCGCGAAGGGAAGCUUACGUCGGAAUGCUUUGGCCGAUCGUUCUUAGACGCUUUGGCUGAGAAAUAUCAAGCACAACAGCCGACAGAUAGUACCGUGCUGCUCGGCGGAGACGGAGUAGCCGUUGAGACCGUGGGUUGGGAGAAGAUCGCCAAGAAGGUGUCUAACCUAAAGCAGCUGCGAGAAGUGGGCUUAGCGGAGAUGCGAAUAGGAUUCCGGGGUCAGGAGGGUUGGAUUGGGCAGAUGUGCCCUUCGAUAGUCGAUCUGGAUUUGUCUCGCAAUUUGCUUGCCACGUGGAACGAUGUGGGGGAUAUCUGUAUCGAACUGCCAAACCUCGCUUCGCUGCGACUAUCGCACAAUCGCAUGAAGCCAUUCGAAGGUCCAACGUCCUCGCUUCACGGGGCAUUCCUGCCUUUGAAAGCCUUGACACUCUUCGGCACCCUGAUGGCGUGGAGUGAGAUACAACAUCUGCAGGAGUGUAUGCCAAACCUGGAGGAACUACAUCUCGGUGAGAACAGAUUCAAAGCCCUUGACGUCGAAACAGUUUCUGGGUUCCAGCGUCUCAGUGUUCUCAACCUCGAGCACAAUGAACUGAGUUCCUGGAAGGAGAUAAGCAAACUCGGUAGCCUGCCGGCUUUGCAUACCUUAAUGCUCAACAACAACAAUCUCACGACCAUUGACGUCCCGGUGGGGUCUGCCUUCUCCAAUCUGAGCACUUUGAACAUUGUCGACAAUAAGAUAAACUCUUGGACGACAGUGCACGUACUCAAUUCCUUUCCUUCGCUCACUCACGUGCGCAUACGGCGCAAUCCCGUUGUCGAAACCGUGCCCGCCGGAGACAUGCAUGACAUCUUGGUGGCGCGGUUACGCAGUCUGAAGUAUGUAAACGGGUCCAACAUCACGCCAAACAGCAGACGAGAUGCCGAAUUAUUCUAUCUCAACCAAUGCGCAAAGGAACUGUCAGAGUCGAACGAUCCGACCGCCUUCGCUGCCAAUCACCCUCGCUAUGAGGAGCUAUCAGCUGCAUAUGGCGCACCGUCACUCGUCCCAGCUGCCAUGACAUCAGCAAUAUUGAAAGACCGAGUCGUAGUAGUGACCAUCUCGUGCCAGGGAAGGCGAGCCAGAAAGAAGAUUCCAAACACCAUGAAUGUGCGGGCACUACGAGCACUCAUCACUCGGAUGUUCAGUCUGAAGGAACGGGGAGAAUUGGUUCGCAAAGAUAAGGCUGGGCGCCUGGUUACGAUGGAAGAUGAUCUGCGAGACGUGGAUUUCUAUGGGUUGGAAAGCGGCGAUGAAGUAGUAGUAGAUAUGAAGUGA